UGGGGGUUGAGUGAAGAGGAAGCCACGUUUACACAAGAAGAGUGAUUUCUGGGGUUUUUUUCUGACCUGGGGGAAUAACGGGUUCGUCGUCAGAUAGCACCUGCCAACCCUGAUAUCUCGGCUGGAGUGUAUCUGUCGGUCACAGAAGCCACAUCAUCAAACAGGAUGAGUGUUGGAUUUAUUGGAGCGGGCCAGCUGGCUCAUGCGCUGGUCAAAGGCUUCACGGCUGCUGGUGUGAUUGCUACACACAGGAUCACAGCCAGCUCCCCAGACACAGAUCUGCCCACGGUGUCAGGGCUGAGGAAAAUGGGGGUGAACCUGACAACAAGCAACAAAGAAACGGUGAAUAAGAGUGAUGUUCUCUUCCUGGCUGUGAAACCACACAUUAUCCCCUUUGUUCUGGAUGAGAUUGGGCCAGACAUUGAGGACCGACAUCUAAUCGUCUCCUGUGCUGCAGGCGUCACUAUCAACUCCAUAGAGAAGAAGCUGCUUCAGUACCGUCCUUCUCCUAAAGUCAUGAGGUGUAUGACCAACACUCCAGUGGUGGUGAGAGAGGGAGCGACAGUUUACGCCACCGGGACACAUGCAGAGGUGGAAGACGGCAAGUUACUGGAGCAGCUGAUGGCCAGUGUGGGCUACUGCACAGAGGUGGAAGAGGAUCUUAUUGACGCUGUCACAGGGUUGAGUGGCAGUGGACCUGCCUAUGCAUUCACCGCCCUCGAUGCUCUUGCAGAUGGAGGAGUGAAGAUGGGUCUGCCCAGGAGACUGGCCGUCAGACUUGGAGCCCAGGCACUGCUGGGUGCAGCUAAGAUGCUGCUGGACUCAGAGCAGCACCCUGGACAGCUGAAGGACAAUGUGUGCUCACCAGGGGGCGCCACCAUCCACGCCCUGCAUGUACUGGAGAGUGGCGGCUUCCGCAGCCUCCUGAUCAAUGCUGUGGAGGCAUCAUGCAUCAGGACACGGGAGCUGCAGUACCUGGCAGACCAGGAGCGCAUCUCUCCAGCAGCCAUUAAGAAAACCACAUUGGACAAAGUCCUCCAGCAGCCCGGAGUCACAGUUAGUGGAGUGGCUAACGGGAAUGGCCGAGCGGGGCUCAGUCUGUUUAACACCCGCAGCCCCGGCAUCAAGAAGAACUGAGAGCAUAGAGAAAGGAACACAAAUAUACACAGAACAUGUACACACAUGGAUUUAUCUUACACAGCUGUUCAGCCAAACAAUGUUAAAAGAACAGACUCAGAACUGGACUGAAAUCACAUUCACACUGGCAUGAAAGCCAGAUACCUUCUAUCAUACUUGACCUCCAUGUGGACAACGGGCCUGGUGCAUUGUGGUUGCACCGCUCAGUUAUAGCCUUAUAAUUACACAUAAACACACUGAAGAGCAAAAGUGCAUUAACAAUCUGUUGUCUGUCUGCAUUUCGGCUGUUAAAUAGUGAUGACCUCGUGGGCCAUCAUGGGAUCCUGGUUUAUGUCAGACAGCAGAUGGCUGCUGGGAUACCAUCAAGCUGUUAAUGUACAACUUUAAUGAUUUUAAACAACAAGAAAAUGGAGCCAGGAUGUAAACCAUCAUGUUUAAUGUUGUCUGUACCAGUAGAUAUUUUUGUCUGACCAACAGUGUUGCACUGUUUACAAAGACUGAAUAUGAGUUGAAUGAAAUCUGAAAUAAUGUCAUUUUUGGUCAAUUUUAUCAUACCAUGUGAGCACUACAGUCGUCAUAUCCUCUCUGCAGUGCUGCAAAAGGCAAAGAAGGAAAGUUUUGCCUUUUGGGGCACAGAAAAUAUUCAUUGUUACAUAUAAAGGUCAUUCCAAGCUUUAAAACACCUGAGUCAGCAUGUCACUCACUGUUACCUUCCUGCUCGUUUUUUUUUUCAUGCAUUAAGGACGCAUUUGUCUCAAACCUCAAAUCUUGAUCUGCUACCUUAAACCUCCUGAUGUUUUUAUCACAAAGCCAUUUUCAACACUUUCUCCUCCAAGGGAUUGUGAUGCUACCUGGAAGUGCUUCAAGGAAAUAAUUUACACAGUGAAAAUGUUGAUAUAGACUAUGAUGUAAUGUAAUUACAUCAGCCUUCAAUCCGUCCUAAUUUUGUAUUGUUCUAUAUAUUUGUAUCCCCAUAAUGUUACAUUUAAUGUAUUGUUUUGUUUGACAUAUCAACCUCUGAGUUGGUCUGUCAGUCAGAAGUCAUUAAAUAAGCAGAAUCAAACACCUUUU